UGUCCCCCUUCCCGAACACAGAGAAGAGAGAGAGAGAGGCUGCUAAAGAAGAAAAGAAAAUCAAAACGAGCAGAGAGAGGAGGGAGAGGGAAGUUCCUCCGUCCGUUCUUGUGCGAGUUCGUCAGGAUCUAACACCACGACGAAGGCAACUCCAAAAUGAUGUCGCCGAAGCCGCCCAUCUCCGACCCCCGACCUGCUCGUUCCACCCCCCUCAGGCCCACUCCUUUGCAGAUAAUUCAUGUCAUAGGCAAUUUCAUGAGGAUAUGGUCUGUUUACUCCUUGUACCACUAUCUAUCUGAUAAAGGAGAUUCAGUGGUAGCUUUUAUUUUUAGUUGCCUGGUUCCAUCUUCUAUCGUCUUCCUUGUACUGCAGAAGCCUUGGAAAGGCAGGCCCUUGCCGAACUCACAGGUCAUACCUACAGUGAUCAAUGGAGGAAUAAUGGCAUUAUACUACACUUUAUGGGGAAAAGGCCUUCUUUCUUGUGGGCCACUUGUUGCUCUAAUUGCGGAGUAUGCUGGUGCUAUUCUUGGAGUUCUCUCAGCAGCAUUGUAUGGAAGGAGAGUCCGGAUUUGGAAGAAGUUUGGUGGACUCGCUGCAAUGAUGGCAUCAUAUUAUUUCUUAUCAAAUGGGUGGGCUACCAGAUCAUAUUCGCCAUUCUCUAGCUUUGGGAGAGAACAGGUGGUGCAGGAAAAGCAACCUUUAGGAAUGAAAGAAAUGGUGGCGCCAAUCUCUGCUGGUAUUUUAUCAGCUUUGAGAAGGGUGAUAGCAAGACGUAUUUCUUUAAAGAAUCAGCUCAAAAGGCGGCUUCAUGCAAUAACUGUUGCUUCAGCUACGUGCUUUCUUUUUCCUGUUGCCAUGUGGGAUACAAUCUUAGGGUCGACAUCCGAUAGCAUAAUUAAGUUUCAGUUUCCGAGCUGGGCUUAUUUGAGCACAAUUGUUUUUGGAAUUAUCUUUAUAUACUAUAUUGACAAUGUUGCAGAGGAAAGAUUGCACCUUGUUUUCUCUUCUCCAAGGCACUUAAUGGUUUCAGGAGGAUGCAUCAUUUUAAUGGAGAUAUUCUAUAAGAUGGAUUUCUCUUUACUAGGUUUUCUGAUUUGCUCCAUAAUUUUGGGAUAUGGCAUUUUUGAAGCAACUUCCCUUGAGCGUUCAAAAACAAGUCCUUCAGAACCUCAAGAAAUAUCAGAUGGGACAUUUCACAACCACUUGCCAGUAUCUGCAAUCUGAUUAUUGUGGAUAGUGGAGUGGUCAACUGCGCUUUGCGGACCAGUUAAUUUAGUCUGUUUUGUAGGACUGCAACCGAAGAAUAAAAAUUGCAGCCAUAUAGUCCGACAAGUUAUUUUCGAAAUGUCUUGCUUCAAUUGAAGGUUAAUUACUGAACAGGAUUAAUAAGUCAAAGUACAUGCUUUCACUUGGAGUUUGCGUAGUUUGUGUGAAGUUUCUAACUCUUCCACUGCACAGGGUCUUGUGCUAUUAUUGUCAAUAAACCGUGAAUGAUAUUUUACUUACUACCAGCCUAAAUUACGAAACUUGUACUUCAGUGUUUUCCCUAUUAGCUAGUGCAAAACAAAAAUUGCAUCUGCUUCAACCCUCCAGUUUACUAUUGUCUAAAACAAGCCCCAAAUUUUGGAAUUAUGAAUGAGCUGAAUGCAAAACACAAUGCAAACGAGUUAAUGGAAAGUCUUGAUGUUAUUGAGUGUACAAAAAGUCAAAAACCACGUAAAUUGAAUAAAUUGUCUAAUAAAUGACCAAAUAAUAAAUCUGUUUUUUUAAAAAUCUCUAUUAUUUGGUUGUAGAUUUGUCACCAAGUUCUAAGUUAGAUAAAUAUUCAAAUAUAAAAUUGACCCAAUAUACCAACUUGUUCUAGUGAAGUUUUACAUCCAAAUCCGCUAGUCAUCCGAAACUUUUGGGCCUAUAUGAGAUGGUGGUAAAAUGUUAUUGCGAUUGAUGCCAAUUUUUUUUUCAUGCGGGAGGAUAAACAGGCAAGGGCUUAAAUGUAGGUGGUCUAUUUUUGUAAUUUAUCUUUAGCACUGUAGUGGAACAGAAAACUGUGGAAUCUGAUUUCAAACACAGCUAAUUCUUGGUUCUUUCUUAUGUUGUGAUUUGUGAUUUGCGAUUUGCUUUAUUGUUGGUUUCUCUGAAGUUCUUAUAUUUA